AUAAAUGAGACAUUAGUAACUCCUUCUCUUCAUACCUUCUUGAGUAUUAUUAAAAACUUAUUGAGUGAAUGAAUAUGCAAUCUCUCUUCCCCAAUACAGACUUCUGCCCUUAAAAGGGAAAAGUUUCAAACAGACUUUCCUUCUCCAUUUUUCUCUCCCUUUUUUCUAUUCCAUUUCUCUCUUGCAGCUCUGUUUAUCUUUUCAUGAUGAGUCAUUCUCGCUACCUUUUAUUAUUCCUACCUCUUGCCCCUGCUUACAAUUCCUAAUGCUUUUUAGCACUUUGUUUCCUUGUCACAUGCUCUUUCUAUUUUUGUUCUUUCUGCUUGACUUUCUCCUCCACUUGUUGCCACUUUUUCUCCUUGCCCUUAAGAUUCAGGGCAGGGUUGGGUAGGGAGGUGUCCAGCUGGGCUAGGGGUGGAGCCACCUGUUCACUGCUUGGGAGUCUUAACCUGACCAAGGAGAAAGAUCUGGCUGCUUAAAUUUAGCUGAGACUGAAGUCCGUAUGGCCUUCCUACUGGAGGCUAGCAUUUUGGAGGACACCUUGGACUCCUUUUUUUCUGCAAUACAGUGGAUACAGUUUGUUAUGGCUACUCUGAGUGUUAUAGGUUCAAGUUCACUUAUUGCUUAUGCUAUAUUCCAGAAUAUACAGAAAUCUCCAGAGAUAAGGCCAAUCUUUUAUCUGAGCUUUUCUGACCUGCUCCUGGGGAUAUGUUGGCUCAUGGAGGCACUUCUCUAUGGAACUUCAGCAGCAAGUAAGGACAUUUUCUGCUAUAACCUGCAAGCAGUUGGACAGAUAUUCUACAUUUCUUCAUUUCUCUACACUGUGUAUUACAUCUGGUAUCUAUACAAAGAGCUGAGGAUGAAACACAACCAGAGUGGACAGAGCACUUUUCUACCGGUUAUAGAUCAUACCUAUCAAGUUGGUCAAAUAGUCAUAGUUUUGUCAAGCCUCAUACCUCUACUGUUGAUGAUACCUGUAUUCUGUUUGGGCAAUGCUAGUGAAUGUUUCCGCAACUUCAGCCAGAGCCACAGGUGUAUCCUGAUGUACUCACCACCAUCAGCCAUGGCAGAACUCCUGCCUUCUGCCAACACAUCAGUCUGCAGCACACUUUAUUUUUAUGGGCUCAUCAUUUUCCUGGCCAGCUUCCUACUCAGCCUCUUCAUCAUUGUGGUCUUACUCAUCCAAGCCCAGGCACUUUUUAAGAAGUUUGUGAAAUCGACUGGCUUUCUGGGGAGUGAACAGUGGGCAGCAAUUCACAUCGUGGAACAGCAGGUGCUCUUCUACCCGGUGGCCUUCUUUUGUUGCUGGGGCCCAGCUGCCAUACUGAUGAUCAUAAAGCUGAUGAAGCCACAGGACACCAAACUUCACAUGGCCCUCUAUGUUCUCCAGGCUCUAACAGGAUCAUCCCAGGGUCUGCUCAACUGUGGAGUAUAUGGCUGGACACAGUACAAGUUCCACCAACUAAAGCAAAAGGCUCGGCGUGAUGCAGACACCCAGACACCAUUAUUAUGCUCACAGAAGAGAUUCUAUAGCAGGGGCCUAAGUCCAUUGGAGUCUACCCUUGCUUUUGCUACUAGCACCUCCGAUAUUUUUUGAAACUGUAAAACUAGAACACCUAGGAACUGGAAUUAUUCUACACUAACGAGUGGGAAGAGUGUUGAAGAACAUCUUAAAUCUUUUCUAACCAUGCCUUAAACUAAGUGAAAGGGGAUAUAGUGCCAUGGUUAGUAGCUACUCUAGGUAAAGUAGAUGGGAUCUAUUCAUUAUUCUCAGAUUCACAGUGAUCGUUAAAGUAUUUGUUCAGGGAUAUGAAGACACUUUGCACAUGAGAGAUAGGCUCAUGUUACUUCAAUAAAUAUUAGAUUUGUCUUAAUCUCUUCUAGAAAAAAAGUAAAUUCCAGGAAGUUCCCACGUGGCCCAGAGGGUUAAGGAUCCAGCACUGCUGCAGCUGUGACAAAGGCUGCAACCGACACGUGGGUUCCAUCCCUGGCCUGGGAAUUUUCACAUGAUGUGGGUGUAGCAUAAAUGAAUGAAUGAAUGAAUGAAUGAAUGAAUUACAGGUUAUUAUUUAUACAAGGUAUUCCCAAGCUCUCUACUCCAUGGUUGUGGGGGAGGUAGUGUGGUAUGCACCAGCUUGCUCAGAUCUUUCUCUGUUGUUGUAAAGAAAGUCCUAGGUUUAUGUUCUUUGAAGAGUUUUGGAAACUCAGAAGAAGCAAGGACAAAAUCUGUCAAAAAAGUGGUAGUGGGAUCUCAGACACAGCACAUCCUACUCUUUUAUACAUUCAAUGCUGUUCUAGGUCUUGACAGUAGGAACCGUCCUGCUCUAGAAAAUAAAGGCCAGCCUUUUGAAGUUACAGUGGAUAAUAUUUAAGAGAAAUCACAACCGAAAGAAACUGAAUAAAAAACUUCUCAACUUCCAUUUAUGAGCAAAAGUCCAAGGUAUGUUUCAUAGGCCUUGGACAUAGAAUUAGGCUGAACCAUAUGAACUUGCUAUUUUGUAGUGAAAAUGGUCUAAUUUCAGUUUUACAUGGUUCCACCUAACAGUAAGUGCUAAAUAUUUGUUUAUUGAAUAAAUUAAUGAACAGGUGAGUGAAUGACUAAGAAGUAGAAUUUAACCUUUGGGGAAAGAAAAAAAUCCUCAUACUGAAGAGGCUUAUUCAUGAGUAGAAAUGCUUCAUGUUUCUUCAUCUUUAGUCAUGUAACAAGUGAUAUAAGGUCUCUCCAGUUAGAUCAUAAAGACCAAUCUGAGACCAGAAUGUUAGAUACUGUGAUGCCAGCACAAAGGGGAAAGCUAAAUGGACAAAGACUGGAAUGAUAAUCAACUAAAACAUCUGGAACUAAGAACCAGAUAGUAUGAAUGGUAACCUGGCCUCAUUCUGUCAAGAACACAUCUUGAGGCCUUUCAUUGCCCCAGAGCUCUGGAGACCUGACUUCUGGGUAGCACAGAAAAAGAUUGCUUCACCUAGAGAGCUGCUUUAACUUCUUUUAAUUUAAAAACUUAUAAGAAUUAAGCAUAUAGAAAGACAGAUGGAAGCAAGAAUUGUCAUUUCUAUAGACUUUGAGGGACACUAGAACUAAGGAGUCCAAUUCUUAAAAAGUCCUGUCAAUAUUGCUUCAUAUUUGACUUUAUUGCCAUAAAAAAGGUAAUUACCAAAUGUUUGUCCGAUUUUUUUCAUCUUGCUUCUCUGAUGAAUUGUUUGGUAUUUACACCGGUCUUAGAUAUUCUAUGGGUGUAGUCAAACAAAAAGAUAGUAGGAAUGAAAAAUAAUAAAAGGCUAGGCAACAUUAGGAUUAUCAGCUCUUCGUCAUACUGAAAGUAAGAGGGCCACUAUUCAAACUACCCCCAUAGCCCUUGAAUCAACAUGUAGGAGGGGCCUAGACAAAGACAUAAUGGCAAUUCUUAAAAUUUCUGCAAACACCCCUCCCUUGACUCUAUGACCUGUUCAGGUUGCUGUCAUAGUAGAGUAUAGUUGUAUCUAAGCAGGUUUGAUUAAUAUAGACCUUUACCUCCCCCUCAUUAUCCCUGUCUUUGGCCUCAGAAAUCUCAGUGCCCCAGCACCAUGUGUCAUGCAUGGGGAACAAGUGUUUGAUAUUUUCCAAUGCAUAGAAGCCUUUGGAUGUUUUUACAUCUUGCUAAAAAACCUUAAACAUCCCAUUAGAUACACUGCCACAGUUUCCAAACCCUUGGUAUUCAUGUAAUUUUAGAAACUUUCCUGAGCAACCUUUGUG